UCCCUCUGGGUGUCAAUAAAAACAAUAGUGAGUGAGAUUUAGAGCCAGAUGUAAUUUGUUUUGUUCUCGUUGCAGUGAGCGUACUUGUGCUCAGUUAAUAAUUAAAAGAAUCAGGGACAAAUUGCAGUCACACUUGGCGUCCAAGUGGGCAUUGAGCGCGGACAGAGUGCAGAGUGAUUGUGGUCCUCUUGCAUCGCCUAAUUCAGGUUCAAGAUGGAAGGUGAGGAAUCAGAUGCAGUGGAACACUUCAAGCCGAGGCCUUAUCAGGCGCAGCUGGAAGAGAUAGCCGUAGAAAACAACACAAUCAUAUAUUUGCCAACAGGUUCUGGCAAGACAUUUAUCGCGAUUUGCCUCAUCAAAAGAUUUAGGCACGCACUCAAAAAGCCUUGGGGACAGGGAGGCAAAAGAACCUUUUUCUUGGUCAACACUGUGCCAUUAGUCACACAACAGGUGAAUAACAAUGAAUCAAACAUACCCAGCGAGGACAUGCUUAUCAUUAGCCACAUGAAAAAGGUAAUAGAAGAGCUGUGUGCUGUCGAAGGCGUUGGUGCUUAUAGCGGUGAAAGUGGUGUUGAUUAUUGGGACAAAGAUAAAUGGGAUGCCGAACUUGCACAACAUCAGGUUAUCGUAAUGACGAGCCAAAUUUUAAGCGAUAUGUUGAUGCACCAAUACAUCAGGAUCGAAGAUAUCAACCUGUUGAUAUUUGACGAAUGUCACCACGCCGUCGUUGAUCACCCAAUGCGUCUUGUAAUGAAACAUUUCGAGGUCUGCCCGAAGGAAAAUCAGCCGCGAGUUCUUGGUUUAACAGCGACCCUGCUUAAUGCAAAUGUGAAAACACAUAAGGUCGAGGACACACUACAUGAGUUGGAGAUAACGUUCCACGCUAAAAUUGCUACCGUUGAUGAGCUAGGCAAAGUGCUCAACUACUCGACAAAUCCCAACGAAAUGGUACAAACGUACAGCAGAACACAGCCGACUGAGGUGUCAGCGCUUGUCAUUAGAAAAUUAAUGGUCCUUCAUGGACUAAUAGCCAAAAUAGAACUACCUUCGUCUCACUCGAAGCACAAUAUUCAGUUAAAGAAUUCACAAAAGAAUAUCACUGGCGAUCCACAGAAGGCAGUGAAAGCCGUCAAAAAUAUGAUUAGUUCCAUGAUUAUGUUCAUUGAGGACUUCGGCUUAUAUGGGGGUGCGUUAGCUAUACUUGCUUAUAUCAUCAUAUUUGAACGAUUAAAGCGAAAAACUACGACAAAGGAAGAGGAAAUGCUUUAUAAAAUAGCUAUCACGCAUUCAGUUGACGCACGUGCAAUUCUGUUAAAAGCAAUGGAUGACAAGACUGGUUACGAGAAAAUUGUGAAAUAUUCUUCUGAAAAAGUACUGCUCACUUUAAAUGUACUUAAGGAAUACAGUCCAAAAGUAUUGGACACUCCUGGUGUUACACUGAAAGUAAACAAGUCAAGAAAACCGCUUUCGGCAAUUAUAUUCACACAACAAAGGUUCACAGCGAAAAUUUUGUACAAUCUUCUGAAGGACGUAAUAGAUACCAAUCCAGCCGAAUAUGACUUCCUGAAACAUGAUUUUAUUGUUGGUUUUAACGUGAACCCUUACAAUAAUACUAGAGAGGAAUACUACUUGAAAAAAGCUAGUCAACAAGCUUUAUUGAAGUUUCGGAACAGUGACCUCAACUGCUUGAUAGCAACAAGCGUAAUAGAAGAAGGAAUUGAUAUUCCACAAUGUAUAUUGGUCCUGCGUUAUGAUCCUCCGUUAGAAUAUCGAUCAUACAUCCAGAGUAAAGGUCGCGCGAGGAGUUCGGAAUCGAGUUACGUGAUUCUAAUAGAGAAGUCCCAACAAAAUAAUUUCAUGAAAAGCUAUGAACAGUUCCAGCACACAGAACAAAUUAUACAGAGGAUAUUGAUCGGUAGUAGCGACGACCGCAACGAGCCGACAUCUAGCGCCAUUGAUCAGCAACUGUAUAAAGAUGAAGACGUUGAACCAUUCAUUACACCAAAUGGAAGUCGGUUAUCUUCAGUGUCAGCCAUAUCGUUGCUAAACCGAUAUUGUUCAGUGUUGCCACAUGAUCAAUUCACCGUAAUUAUCCCAAUUUGGAUCCAAGAAAGGGUUUUUGAUAAUAACGGGGUUGAACGCAGGCUGGUCACAAUCGUGAUGCCGAUUGCAUGUCCUAUAAAGGAAGAAAUAAAGGGCUUGCCAAGGUACAAUUUAAAGGCGGCGAAACGUUCGGCGGCGUUGAAUGCUUGUAUAAAACUGUACGAGGCCGGAGAGUUGGAUCCACUAACAUUAUUACCCGUUCGUUAUACUGCCGUAGACUUCGACGACUCGGAUGUCAAAUCAUGCUUCGCCAACUGGCGAGAUGAUGACGUGGGUGAUGCAGACAGUAAUCUGCCUUAUCCAGGCACCAAGGCACGAGUACGGAAGCACAGGAUUCAGUUCCCACGACUGCUGAACAGUGUUCCAGAAGACGUUUACUAUUUACACAUUAUUAAAUCCACGACUGCCUUUCAAGAGCCUAAAGAUUCCCGCGAGAAGGCGUUAUAUAACCUACUGCAGAGAAAAGAGGGUUAUGGCUUAUUGACUCAGCAACCUCUGCCGAGAUUGUGUGAAUUCCCAAUGUUUAUGACGGUUGGAGAAGUAGCCACUUCCAUAGAUGUCAACUAUGCUGUUAUUAAGCUGAAUCAAAAGUUGUUCGAAAUUGUCAAAGGAUUUCAUUACUUCCUAUUCGAACAAGUACUGGCUAUAGCCAAAAAGUUCUUGGUCUUUGAGGGCAAAGUGAACUGCAUGUAUGUUGUUCCCGUGAAAGAUGACAAUGGAUAUGAUAUAGAUUGGAAUGUUAUGACUACCUAUACUGAGAUAGCGCCAGUCCAACCAACUUCUUAUGAGGAAAGGCUCUUCAUAAAUGUGACACCAGAAAACUAUAAGGACUGUGUAGUUACGCCUUGGUAUCGAGUUCAGCCAGAUAGUGUUACGCAACCAAAUCUAGCCGUACCAGCGUGGCAGAGAAAAGUCGAACGCCGUAUCGACCGAACCAGACUUCUCAUAAGCAAACUACACCGCUUCAGGGAGGGUAGUACUGAACCAAGAGUAAUGCACUUUGUAAAACAGGCGUUCUUGGGGUCUGGAGUGAGCCCUCUCAGAUAUAAGUCCCGAGUUACAGAGCGCAUUGACUUCUUGAAGCGGAAAGUUUGCACAUGGACUAACAAAAUACGUAAGCAUAAGCGACGGAUUGAACCAGAAACAGAAACAAAGAAAAGCCAGAAACGCAAGGAGCAGUAUGAACAAAGGUACAUUGUGUCAAAUGUUUUGGAGUAUAUGACCCCGCAAUCUCAAUUCGAUUCCGAUUCCUACUUGACUUUCGCCGAUUACUAUGCCGAUAAAUAUAAACUGGAAGUCAUUGGAGAAAAAACCCAACCUUUAUUAGAAGUGCGUAACAUAAGCUCUAGAAUGAACUGCUUAUUACCGAGAGCGGCUACUAUAAACGCGUUGACAGACAAGCAAAGGAAACUAGUGUCGGCCUCACAAGGCGACGACAAGACAAGUAGGGGCUUUGCCGAGGUAUUUGUCGCUGAAUUUUGUGUCAAAUACGAUUAUCCUGGCGUUCUGUGGUACAAGGCUAUAAUGUUGCCUAGUAUUAUACACAGAGUAUUUAUGUUGUUGGUGGCGCACGAACUGUUGACUGAAAUAGCUGAAAAGACAAAAUUCGGAACUCCUAUUCGCAAAAAAUCUACCGACUGGCUUCCAGUAAAGGGAAGUAUACUAAUCGCAACAAACUCUCUGCUUGCACAAGUUGAAGAGCCAACACCUAUAAAUUCAGUUGACAGGAUUAACAAUGCUGUGGACGAUGACAGUAGCAGACGUCCUAAUGUACUUUCUAUAAAAGACAGUUUGUACCGCCUGCAACAAAAGAAGCUCAGUAAGGAAUAUCCAUGGGAUGAAAGAAUGGAACCGAUCGACAUAGAACGUAACUUGUCGUCUGUGUCGGUAAUGGACGUGGAAUGUUAUGACGAGUUCGUGUCGGCGCCUCUAAUCGCCUCUCCACGUUCCAACUACAAUGUGAGAUCACCGCAGUCUGUUUAUACACAUUCUGCGGCUAUAUCUGCGCCUCCUGCUAAGUACAACGAUCAAAUACAGCUUCUCAAAGCAUCAGCCACCGGCAAAGGGCCCGAACUAAGGGACAUUCUAGCUGCGUUAACAACGAUAAAAUCUCACGAUACCUUCAAUUUGGAGCGAGUUGAGACACUCGGAGAUUCAUUCCUUAAGUUCGCAGCCAGCUUAUAUCUGUACCAUAAGUUCCCGAAGCUCAAUGAAGGCCAACUGACUAAUAUUAAAUGUCGGUUAAUUAGUAACAGAAACCUUUACUAUGCUGGCGAGCGGUUCAAUCUGGGAGGUCGAAUGAAAAUAGACCAGUUCAGUCCAAGGAAUGAUUUCAUGCUGCCAGGGUUCUUUGCGCCAAAGGAGGUUGAAGAUUUUAUUGCUGAGAAACAGAUUCGUCCGAUAUUCCUGAUCGGAGUACAAUUCCCGCAUUCUGAGGUCCUUGAUGGCAAUCUAUCGAAGGAAAGCAUGGAUAUGGUUCGGGAUAGAUACACCGACUGUGAUGGUGCCGCGGAGAUUGAACCCCGUGACCGCGCUCAAAAUGCAAUGCAGCUGUAUGUUCAUUCACAGGCCGUGCCCGAUAAGUCAGUGGCUGAUUGCGUUGAAGCACUCAUUGGCACCUACUUGUUGAGCGGUGGACUGAUAGGGGCCAUCAAAGUCAUCGAGUGGAUGAGGAUCAUACCCCCACAGGAUGAUUUUGCGGAGUAUUUACACUUGCGAGUACCGACUGCCAUUACAGAUAAGAAAGCGACCGAGCAAGACAUCGAUUUCCUAUUGAGACAUUGCAGAGAUGAUGUCGAGAAAAUCUUAAAUUACAAGUUUAAUGACCCCUCUUUCCUAUUGGAGGCAUUAUCGCAUCCAUCAUAUAUUCGGAACAGACUGACUCGUUCAUACGAACGUAUGGAGUUCCUAGGCGACGCCAUUUUGGAUUUUCUAAUAACAUCACACAUUUUUGAACAUUGCGGGGAAUUGAAGCCUGGUGAAAUGACUGACUUAAGAUCAGCGCUAGUGAAUAAUGUCACUUUUGCCUCGUAUGUGGUCAAACUUGGACUGCACAAAUUCCUUUGCUCCGAGCUAAAUCCGACUUUAGACACGGCUAUCGUGACGUUCGUCGAACAUCAAAUACAGAGGGACCACGAAAUUGUUGAAGAUGUACUCUAUAUGAUGGACGAGGAAGAAUGUAGUCUUGCGGAAUAUAUUGAAGUUCCUAAGGUGCUGAGUGACAUAUUCGAAGCGCUAGUGGGCGCGAUAUAUUUGGACUGCGGCGGCGACCUACAAGUUGUAUGGUCGGUAGUUUACCGUAUAAUGUGUAAGGAAAUACAUGACUUCUCGUGCCGUAUACCGCAACAGCCCGUUAAGAUAUUGUACGAGAAAAUACACGCGUGCCCCACUUUCAGGAAACCAGAAGUCAUCGAUCCUGACAUCCCAAAGAUACGGAUAGGGGUUACAAUCACGAAGAAUGACUGGCAACACACAGUCUAUGGUAUUGGUCGAAACAAGGCUCAAGCAAAACGGGCUGCCGCGAAAAUGGCUCUUAAAGUCUUGGGCCUUUAAAAAGUUAAAAACUUUCGUCGGCAACAUCUUUCUUUACAAUAUCACGACGUCUUUAAUGUUAAACUAAAUAUAAUGUAAAUUUUAUAUUAUUUUUAAACGUUAGAUAUAUUUUUUUUAUAUUUUAUAGAAUGAAUGUUAUAUGUAAAAUUUUAUGUAACUAAUCGAACACUCAAUAUAUUGUUUAAUGUAGGUAUUGAGGGAAUUGAAAUGAAUUAUUUUAGCGCAAUUCUGAAUUAUAUGCUUGAAAUAUGGUUAAAAUUAUAGGUCCUAAAAUACAAUUAUGUUUCUUCAUAUCUCGCCUCAUAUUCAGCAUGCAUAUAAAAGAACUAAAGUUCGAGAAGAGGGUAGCUUUCAAAUCGAUUCAGUGCUUUAGGAGCCUUUAUAAACACAAAACAAUUACUAUAGAUAAAUAAUCGUAGUCAAGUUAUAAUCGGAAUAGCUCUCCUAUUAUUAAAGGAACCAAAAAUGUUUAGAACUAUAUAUAGGUAUACCUAGGUAGAACAAGGAAUGUGUGUUAAAAGUUAAUUGAUUACAGGGAAUGUUCUUAAAAGUCGAGAUUAAAAUUGAGAUAAAAAUGAUCGUAUAUAAAUGUGAAGUACCUAAGGAAAAAAUUGCAUGACUUUAAAAAUUAUAUAUUUGGUAUGUUUCUUGGAGGAGGCUUUCACUCGUAGCGGUUCCAUACAAACGUAAUACUAAACUUGUGAAAUAACUACUAAAAACCGGCCAAGUGCGAUUCGGAAUCGCGCACGAUGGGUUCCGUACCAUUAUUUAGAAAAUGAGCAAAAAAACACGAUUGUUGUAUGUGUCCCCCAAAAUAUUUUUUUUUUAUUUAUUAAAAUUUGAAAGCUUAAUUUUUUUAUAGCAUAAUAGAAAUGUGUUUAAUAUAAAAUAUAUAAAUGUGCAUUUAUUUUGUCAAAAAAUAUAAUGAAAUUAUAAUUAUUAGGUAUAAGUCAAUUCGCAUCCAUUAAAUGUAUAAGUGUAGACAUGAUGCUAACUCUGGACUUUACUCUCCAAGUUUUUUUUUAAAUAGGUAGUAUUUUGUUUUUUGAAAAAAAAUUAAACAAAAAAACUAUUCAAUUAAAAUUCUAAUUUGUGAGUAAAAAUCUUGCGUUGGAAAGUAAAGUUAUUACACUGUUGGCAGCAUUGAUUAUUUUAUGAUGAAAUCUUCGUUUUAAUUACUUCUGUGAUUAUCUGGCCCAUUUUCACCGAUAACAUAAACGCCCGUUUUUUUUUCAAAUAACUGUUUAGGUUAACUUUGAAAAUUGAACGUGAAAAUUCAUAAUAAACGGUGAACUUAGACCAAGGAUAAAUAGUUUGGAAAUCUCAAAAAAAUAUAUAGAUGAAACCUAUCUGAAAAGGAAGAGAACGUACCUACCUAUCUGGGAAAACGGGAUCUCAAUAAAUUGGGAAAGCGGAUAAGGCGUAGUCCCAAAUGUAGUUUUGCCGCAAAUCUAAGUAAACCAUAUUCGAACCCUUCGCCUCACUGUUUCAUUUUACUCAAACUUUUUGUAUAUUCCCUCUUCCUUUUUCAAUGGAUUUCAUAAUUUUAACUUACGAUAAAAAAAUUGUGUGAGAGCGUAGUCAAGCCGAGCGCAUACGCGAUGAUAAAAUCUGCGAGUCUAAAAUCUUUCGUAAAAAUGCUUUGUCGUGAUACACAGGUACCUAGUUUAUAGGAUAUGUUCGUUGCAUAUUAUGUUGAUCGGCCAUAGAUAGUCGGGCAACAGUAUAAAGGAGAUUGGGCAAGAAUGUAUGAAGUUUGGUCCAAAUGUCCACCACGUACGAGACCUAUAUAAUUAAAUAGUCCACUUAAUUUAGAGUAACUUUUACUAAGAAAGUAAAAAAAAAACAAUGUCAAAAAAAAGUUAUAGCCAAAAAUGUAUUCUUAAUUUCCGGUAAUUUUUGUAUGUUGUCAUUAUUAUUUUUUAUUUUAUUCCACUUUCAUUUCCGCACUUUAUCUAAAACUAAGAUGAGUAAGACACAUUUGCAUAUAAACAGCCCAUAUUUUUUGCCCAAUGGAUGUAAGAAUCACUAACCAAUUGAGGCGCCAGAAGUACUUGAAUACUCAGCGCUGCCUGGAUCUAAGAAAUUCGAUGUCACUGGUGGUGUCUUCUCUAUAAUAAUGAACAAUUCUAUUUUGUCAGAAGUUACAGAAAGUACGAAAAUCGAACAUCACGAAAAGUAAUUGAAAAAAUCUAUAAAAUGUUUUAUUUGAUUUUGCUAUUAUAACUUUUUUCUGGCAUUAUAUUUUUUUUUACUUUCAUAACAAAAAAUGUUCUAUAUUUAACGGACUAUCUAGCCAUAUAGGUCUCGUUCGUGGUGGACAUUUCACAUCGCCCAUUGUCCUUUAAAAAAAUGUAGGUAUUUAACUAGAUACUGUAAUUCCUAUAAACUUAUUAUUUUAUCAAUUUUUUUACUAUAUAUCUAAGGUACUUUAUUUUUAGAUCCUGCGUAUUUACUACAUCUGUAUUUAUUUAAACAUCGAAAUAAAAAGAUGAUAAAUA